CGCCAGUCGACCGAGGACCGCGCCGCCCGUGUCACAAUCGCGACGUAACUUUUCACGUUAUCGUCAAGUGUUCGCUCGUACUUUCAUUUUAUUUUUGUUUCUCUGUGUUUGUUUACACUGUGCACAUUGGAGGUGUUCGGUUUACCAUCACGGCCGUCUGCCCACGGACCGCGCCGGGCGCCGCGCCGCUAUAAUGUGAGCCGACGACGCCGCGCGUCUCCCAAGGUGUUUGCGAUGUGGUAUCCGUGGAUCGCGCUACUGCUGUGUGCAUUGGCGGCGGGCGCGGCGGGGCAGGACGUGGCAGAGCCACAGAGGGAGAGAGAGCCACCGAGAGAAAGAGAAGGAGUGGCCACCCGCCCCCCGCCCCGCACUCUUGACAGGAAGGCCGAUGAGCUGGCCUGGCACUCCUGGCUCCAGGGUCCUGAGAACGACGGCCAGAACGCGACGCAUCGCCGCAUCACCACCAAAUCCCUCUUCAUCACGCCGCUCGUAUGCCCCAAAGGCCAGAGAUUGGACAGGAACGGAUGUGUUACGGUCCUAAACGUGAACAAGGAGGAGCAUGAGCGCAUCUUGCUGGAUCAGCUGAACGCGUACUUCACAGCGGACCCCAACAAUGGUGGAGACAUGUAUGACUACGGAGAAGAGGAGCAGGGACCCUUGCAGUUGACUAUACCCAUCGGUCAGGAGUCCCAGGCGGAAUUGUCUGCGCAGGCUCAGAAUCAGCAGCCAACGUUUGUACAAUUCGACAAGAAAGGUGACGGACUUCAAACUGACGGAAGCAUUGAAGCCGAAUUAGAACUUCUCAAACUACAACAGGCCGUGGCCAAAUUGAACCGGACCGGCCCAUUACCGAGUAACUCGCUAUCUCACGGUGCACUCAACAACCUACUCACCUACUCCGACAAACCAAAACGAGACAGCCCCCUGAUAAACGAGACAGAGACGAAUGUAACGGACAAAGGACAGGAGGAAAAAAUAUUUGGACACGUUAACAUUGACCCCCUAGCUUACGGCGUGCAAAAUCAGAAUCAAGAAGUUACGCUACACGAGAAUAAGAACAACAAAACCGAAACACCGGUAGCCGAAAAGUUAGUAGCUAAUAAUAUGACGAAUACAGAAUCCCAGAACAACAAUACUCGAGAGACGGUACCUAACACGACCAUGCAAUCACUCAAAGCCGCUCCCGAGCAGACCAAACUCAGACCCGAGAUCGAGUACUCCGACAUAGACGAGGCUAUCAAGCUCAUUAGUAGAUUCGCUGACGUCUCGACUGAUGACAAUUUUGCCAAAGACGACAGGAAACCAGAUUUGCCGCUCGACGACAGCGUUCUCGGCACGCGUACAAAACUACAGUACCGCCGCAACAAACCAAAGAUAGUGAUGUCGGAGAAGGAGGCUCCAAUAGAAUCCCUGGAGCUUCGGAAAACAGAAGUAAAUCUGAAUAGCGGCGACAUCCUGAAGUAUCCCUGGCCGAACGCGUCCCCUCCGCCGGACUAUCCAUUCCGGCGUCUUCAGGACUACUGGCCGGGGCGGAACCAGGUGGGAGGGGUAUACAAUAUGCACGAGAACCCGCGAAGACACCACCACUCAUACCCCCACUACUUCCACCCCCGACCAUACCCCUACACGGCUCUGUCGGAGCAACGAGCCUCGUACCCGAGACUGCGGAGGUUCCCCCACAAACUGAGCGAGCGAAUGGACCGCCCCGCCCGGGCUCACGGGAACGACCAGGAUCUCUACAGCCUACUCGGCCUGAGGCACUGGUUCGGCAGCGAGGGAGCGUCAAAAAGAUAGAAGGUUCCCGUCUCCUAGCUAAUUCGACGUUACCCGACGACAUAUCGCGGAAGCUAUGGUCUCGAUACUUUUGUCUGUCUAUCGAUGUCGGUUUCUACUAGUGAUGUUCUCCAUCCGCCAUAGCUUUCGAUAUGUUAGCCUAUUUAUUUUAAAGCCAAAUAUUACAGUCAUAAUUACGUUAGUUUUUGUUAGAUGUUUUAAGUUCUUGUAAAUAUUCCUACGAUAAGAGAUUAAUUUUACUGCGGAGAUGUUUAUCGGUUAGUAUUAUUGUUGUUCUGUAUUAUGUAGUGUUGUAUUACUAAUUUGUUUUAUCGAUGUAUAUUUUUUGUUGUUGGAGUUAUUCAUGUGAAAAUAAAUGUAACGUGUUUAAAUGUACAUUGGCACUGGCUUGCCUAUACUCGUUUAUUUAAUUUAAAUAAUAUUAUGAUAUAUGUACUUACAAUAAUUGUUAUCUACGACAAUUUAGACAUUAAUUUUUAUGUAACCAUCGAUGUAGAACUUCGGACACCUUAAACCCGCCUAUAUUUUACCAAUAAAAUAUUUAACCUGUUUCCCAAUAAAAAAGAUAUAAUAUUUUUCAUCAUCGGUUUUUAACAGUUUUUACCUAACAGAAUUUGAUGUAAUUAUUUUUAUGGAAAAUUGUAUUUUCUAGGAAUUUAAUGUGUAUUUUAGUAGAAUUCUUAAUCGAUUUAUAUAAAAAUAUAUCAUCAAUAUACCUAAUCAUUGUAACAAUAACAAUAGAAAUCAGCUUUAUGUACUACAUAAUAUGGUACCGAAAUAUCGAUCCCACCAAAGCUUAGUUUAAGAAUUUUAAUUUUAAUGCUACCCUAUACUAUGUUAAAUGCUAAUUCAUGUAAGUAUAAAUGUGUAUUUUUCUACUAAAGAAUGUUUGUUUAUAAUUCUUUCAUUAUUACAAAUUAUUAUCGAUAUCGACAAAAAUAUUUUACAGUCCUAAUCUCUAACAUUAUUUUUAAUGGAUUUAUAACGAAACAAAAAGUGAUAUUACUUGCCAUAAUAAUCUUAUAAUACACCAGUGUGCAUGCAGCCUUAUU